AUGCCAGAUACCCGCAAGAAGCUUGUUGUUGUUGGCGACGGCGCCUGUGGAAAAACAUGCAUGUUGAUAGUACACUCCAAAAACGAGUUCCCAAAGAAAUACGUCCCUACUGUCUUUGAGAACUACACCAUGGUGAUUUCACACGGCAAGCAGCAGAUCGAGCUCUCACUUUGGGAUACAGCCGGACAGGAAGAUUACGAUCGCUUGCGACCACUGUCAUACCCAGAAUCAGACGUGGUUCUGAUGUGUUACUCCGUCGAUUCUGUAUCAAGUCUUGAUAAUUUGAUGGAGAAAUGGCAUCCGGAACUGGCGCAUUUCUUGGAAAGCGUACCCAAGAUCGUAGUCGGGCUUAAGACCGAUCUGAGGGACGAGGCAGCAGAAGAAGAUAAGGAUCGGUUCGUGUCAUAUGAGCGGGGCGCACAAGUUGCGGCGUCGUUGUAUUGCAAAUACUACGAGUGCUCCGCAAAGACCGGCAAAGGCCUUCAAGAGGUCUUCCAGGCCGCUGUCAAGGCAGCGAUGCAGUCUCGAAUCUCAAAGAUGCGCAAACGUGCAUGUUCCAUCCUUUAA